AUGAAUAUCUCCGGCACAUUAAACAUCUUCCGUCUCUUGCGCGACCCCACUCUCUGCCUCCCCCAACACACAAUCCCAACAUUCAACCAGCUCCCCAUCCCCCUCAGCAAAGCCUUUCCACGCAAACAAGGCGAAAAAGAAGUCGACAUCCGCGCCGUAAUCCUAGACAAAGACAAUUGCUUCGCCGCUCCUCACACAGACGAGAUAUACGAACCCUACCAAGAUCACUUCACACGCCUCCGCGCCGCCUAUCCCGGCCGAAAACUCCUCAUCGUCUCAAACACAGCAGGCACAUCCUCGGACCCCACCGGCGCCCAGGCAACGCUGCUGGAACGCAACACGGGUGUCGUCGUACUCCGCCACUCGACCAAGAAGCCGGGUUGCAAAGACGACGUCAUGGCCUAUUUUGCGGCGCAUCCCGAGACGGGAGUUACGCGGCCCGAGCACGUUGCGGUGGUGGGGGAUCGGUUGAGUACGGAUGUUAUGAUGGCGAAUUUGAUGGGGGGGUAUGGGGUUUGGCUUGCGAGGAUGGAGGAUAGGUUGCAGAGCUUUUUGUUUGGAAGAGGGUAUUGUGCGCCUGAUCCAAGUAAAAAUCAAUUUGAGUAG